GUCAUGUUGUUUUUACCUAUAGCUUUUACCUGUAAAAGUCUUAAGUUCUUCUAAUUAUGAAGAUAUUUUUCCUUUUACUUUGUUCUCUUUUUUCUUCACUUUUUUCAAAUCCAUAUUUCAUUUUUAAACAGUAUUGUUACUCUAACGAUAUUUUUCAUUCUGUUUUUCAUUCUUUUCGUAUAAAUAGUAAGCUAUUAUGUUUAAGCUUUUGCUCAAACUGUAGAAAUUGUCUGUCUGCUACGAUUUCAAAAGAUAAGAUGUGCUAUUUGCACUCAGAAAGAUUUUCUUCUUGUAAUUCUUCAUCAGAAAAUACAUUUAAGACAUUUAACAAAGUCAGUACUUCAAAUUGCUUUAAUAGAGGAAUUUGUGAUAAAUGGUACGGAUUUCGCGGACUAGUUUGUCAAGAAACUCCUUGUAACAGCUACCCAUGUUUGAAUUUUGGAAAGUGUAUAGAAAGAUUUGAGAAAGUGAAUGAGUACACAUGUUCUUGUAUUGGAGGCUAUUCUGGAAUAACUUGUGCAAUUAAUAAUGGAAUUCAAAUUUCUAGUGAAUUAACACAUUCAAAUACUCUUCAAUUUGGAGAAAGACAAGGUUAUAAAUAUUGUUCUCAUGGUUAUUUUGUCAACGGUAUACAACUUCGAGUUGAUCCUGCUGGUGGAGAUGAGACCGCAUUGAACAAUAUUCGAUUAGAAUGUAAAAGGCCUUACGAUAAUACUACUGGUACAAGUGUUAAAUCUGGCAAUGCUAACGAAGGAAUCUGGCAUGGUACAAGCUAUUGUCCUGAUGGAAUGUACAUGGUAGCCUUUGCAGUAAGACUAGUUCCGUAUAAAGGACCUUUCAGCGACGAUUAUGGCGCUACUGAUUUCAAAUUCAGGUGUAGAAGCCAUCUGAACCCUCACGAAGCAACUGUUGAAGUACAUCCACCUGGAGGACUUUCCGAGGGAGAAUGGGGACCUUGGUCGUCGUCUUGCAGUAAAAAUUCGGCAGUUUGCGGUAUUAACCCACAAAUCUCUAUAGACGUCCUUACUAUAGACAGGACUGGUUUGAAUGCUGUACGUUUUGAAUGUUGUAAAUUUUGAGAUUUCAUUUUUUGUGAUUUGAAUAAAUAAGUAGACAACUA